AACGAUGGAAACGGAUGUAUGUCAUUCUUUAGAACAUGAGCAUACUUUCAUCAUUGUGCAGUCGUUACCGACCAGAUACUCGACUCACGUAAACCGGGCUGUUUGCUCUUGAUUCUAUGAACGAAUCGUUGUGUCUUUUAUAGCGUGCUGUUCACGGCUGACAUUUUAACGGCUUAAAAUGGGAACCACUUAUUCAUUCCUGGAAGCCGAGAAGAAGACAUGGAUCGAGCACACGUUGGUGUACGACGAGCCGGUUCGAGUAGCCAAUCUCAAAUAUCUGGAAGACUUCAAAGACGGCAGUAAUAUUUUCCUCAGCUACAUGCACAGUGGCUGGGGUAACAAAGAAUUCGAGCACUGGUUCGUGACCAACGGGACGCAGUUUCUGGAGUUCGGGUCGGUGGAUGUCAAUAUUUACAACGCCCGGGUGACUAUCAACACGCAUCCCCGCCAAAACUAUCCCAUCGACGUCAACGACGUCAAGAGCUGCCGUCCGAUGAAUGAGAAUAUGCGGCAUCGGAUGCGCCACGUGAUCGGCCUGUCCAACUAUUCCCUGUGCCUGCGCAACUGUGAACACGUCGCGAACUACGUCUUUCGGGGUCGCUGGAUUAGUAGUCAGAUGGACGACCACGGUGACGGGGUUUGAUACAGUAUUUCCGCUCCUACAUGCUGGAUAACCGGAAACGCCUGAUCAACACAUUCCCCGUUCCCAUCCGCUCCCAAUUAGCCAUCACUGAUACAUGCGAAAGCCUGUAUUCAUUUAUUGCGGAUAACUACACAUUCAGCCGGGUUGAGUACUAUCUGGAUUACGAAGACGAUACGUACAAUGUCCUGGUUGUCGGGCCGACGGGCGCCGGCAAAUCGCAUCUGAUCAACGUGUUCUUUAACCAAAACAUCUGCGAAUCCGACGUGAGUCAUCGUAGUGUUACGAAAGAAAUUGUAUUUGUGCGUGGUCGCGGUAAAGUCUACAAUCCGGAAAAGGAGAUCUACCAGGAACGCAGCAUAGUGGUGGCGGAUACGAUCGGUCUGUGUGACACGGAAUGGGAGGACACCAAGGUGAUCAAUCUGAUCCGCAAUCGGGUUAGCUCCAACUUGAAGCAUAUUGACGCUGUUUACGUGGUGUUUCGGGCGGAUCGCCUGCUGAAGGAGCACGUGGCCAAUAUCCAGCAUAUCCUGAAAUGGCUGGGCUACCAAACCGGUUUGAACUGUUUGCGAUUCCUCUUUGUGGGGACGUAUGCGGACUAUAUCUCCACGGAGAAGAAGGAUGCCUUACGGGCUGAGGCGACGACCAUGUUCCAGUUGAAAGACACCAGCCGGAAGAUUGCCCCCACCGGGCACAGCAUACAGUCGCUGGUGUAUACCAGGUUUCCUCCGGAGGAUUCACUGAACGAGAUGACAAAAGAAAAGACACAGCAGUGCUGGCGGGAACUGCGCGUUCUGCUGAAUCAUCCGGGUGUAUGCGAUCGUAUCCCCUUGGACCAAGGAAGUUCUUGCGCUAUAUUGUAAAGCGUACUAGAUCAUGUAUGUACUUGCUGUAAUGGUACGAGUAGUAAGUAUCUGUAGAAGUAUGGGAUCACGGUCACUUAGAGUAGUUAUGAUUCUACAUAAAAAAAUUACUCGAUUAUGAAUUCAUUUAGCGGACAGUUGCCCUCUCAGAAUUUUAUGGAUCAGUCACGUACAGAGUACAGCAUGCUCGCCUGCUACACCCCUUGCUCACUUUGCUACACACCUUACUCUGUUCUUGAAUGCUCUUGUGAAUAAACAUGUUGCGAACUUCCGCUGUUACGUUUGACCGCUUGGGAUGAGCCGGUAGCAUGUCAAUUCAAGACACCAGUACCUGAUUAUUUUUACUUCAGGAAAGAGUGACUGGUCCCAUUGCUUGCCCCGUUUUACUCACGACCACCGUCGGGUUCCAGAAAGAAAGUAUUGCCCACAGCUACGCACGUGCCAACCGCUACCUGGCUCUGAUCCGGACGGGACCAUCGAAGUCGGGGCAGCGCGGGUGAUUAAAACGAAAGAGCCUGUCCCGGAUUUAGCUUGACACAUUACCCUGACGUAUCAAAGCCGCUCGUCACCGUCACCCGCCCCCGGAAGCUGGUGUUCAAACCGUUGACUAAAGAGGAUCGCUUUAAGUUUCUCCGGCCAUUGUCGGCCAUCCUGAGUGAAAAUGAAUGUUCUCAGCCGCCAGCAGAAGCCCGGACUCCGCGAAGACGGAUGCUAUGAGUCGUAUCUUUGCGAAUUGUGGUGGCACUGAAGCAAACUUCACUGAUCACCAAAAGUGGAGAAAUGGAAGAGAUCGUUUCGCUGCCACCGUCAACGUUGCAUAAUACGUUAUUAAACAGGAAAUGCCAUAAUUAUGGGGAUAUGGUGCAUAAUCUGAGGGAACACAACAUCAGUUACAACGUACAAUAUUUUGUGCCUGUAGGCCCUUAUCCGAAGGCAAUCCUGGCACCGGCCACUCCGUUAUUAUUGGAUAUUCUUGAAGCUUUGUUUUGGUACGGCGACACUAAGUAACUUUUUCUAAAAUAACGGUUUAGAGAAAAGCAGAAACCUAAAUUGCUACUGCAUGCAUAUAUACAUCCGGCAAUGGAGCAACUGAGUAGGUGGCUCCGAGUGGAGAUUCAUACAUGGGUCCAGUCCGUUAAACAAAAUACGUUGCAGUUGUGGUUUUCGUCCAUUUGAAGAUACCUUUGAAGAUACCUCUUUGAAUCUGACCCACGUCGUUUUCUAAAAUUGUGACCUUUGUCGACGCUUCCAUGGAAUUACCAUCCGGAUCGAAAUCUUGUGUUUGGGCACAUAGGCACCAAUACCGACGCCAGUGAGCUACAAAAACAGCUACACAACUUUUGGCCUUUAAAAAGCGCUUUAACGGAUUGCCGUACCUUAACGUGGAUUGGAACUGUGAAGCUUGUUC